ACGAAAUCUUAAUAACAAUUUCGAUAUAAUAUCUACAAUAUCAUCUAUCGAACUGAAUACUUUUCAACGAUUAUUACUACAUUUAAAAUGCCCUCCAAGAAAAACAAGAAAUCAAUUUUCUUAACAGAUCGUUAAUAAUGGACAUAAAAAAAUGACCCUAGGCAAAUCAUUUGUUUCUCGGAAUAGUAAUCAAUAGAAAAUAUUCAAUGUCAUACGAAUCAAUUAAAUAGAAUUAAUAAUGUGAAUCCGCAAAAAAAAAAAAAAAAAGAAAAGAAAAACAAAAGAGAGGUUUGAAACGCCAUUCUCUUUUCCUAACCAAUGAAAAGAUAAUAAUCAUAAGAGAAAAGAAAGAAAGCAAAUAUUAGAAACGAUUUGUCUAUGAAAUAUUAGAAAUGUUUUUUCUCUCUUAAAAAUAUGUAUUGAUUGAGAUAUAGAAUAAGUAAAUGGACGAAACGUAUGUAUAAGGGAAAAUGUAUGAAAAUUGUAUUCGAUACAGAGUAGAGAGAAAGAAAGAAAGAAAGAAAGAUAGAAAGAUAGAAAGAAAGAAAGCAAAAAAGAAAGAGAGACAGAGAGAGGCAGAGAGAGAGAGAGGGAGAGAGAGAGAACGCGUUUAAUGACACACGCGUGUAUGAAACGUCAUCCGUGUACGGAGACGUUUCGUCGAGCUGUCAAAUUUAUUCGACAGCGUGAUUCUGGUUGGUCACAACAUUCGACAUAGUAUUUGUCUUCUUUCCUAUGCAUUAUUUUCUGGUAAUCAAACGGAUCUCGCGACGUAUCGUUCUAUUGGUGGUAUCGUCGAAGAGAGAGAGACAAGUACAAAGGCUAAGGCCCUGGGAAAAUGGCCGAAGGACGGAAGAAGCUGGUGCAGUCGACGAAAACUCUUUAUAAACUGAGCGUCUCCGCGAUUGCAGACAGAUUGCUCACAUACAGAAAACAUCUCGUAUAUUUACCUGAGAACGUCCUCUUCGAUCUCUAUUAUCAGUUGUAUCAAGAAAGAAGACUAUGUUUACUAGGAAUGGAACUUGGAGACUUGGAAACAUUUUCCAGGAUGCUCAAUGUCACAAAUCGUCGUGUACAUUUAUUACAGAGCUUUCAGGCCCUUAUGGAUCAUGGGACAAUGGUUGGAAAAGAAUUAGCAAUCAGUUAUGAUAUUUGCUGUAUUCGCGUUGAAGAAAAUCUUGCAGCUCAUGAUAAAGUAAUAAAUGUGGGCUUACGACUUGGUGAAUUUCUUAGUGAUGCUGGCUGGUAUACGGAAAGUGAAAGGGUUUUAUUAGCUUGUAAGAAACUGUCUAUUUUGGAUGAGCCAACUCCUGAAAAUUUAUGUCGUACAUUAAAAUGUUGUUGCAAAUUGUUACAUGCACAAGCAGCAUAUUAUACAUUUCGUGGAGCAGCUGAAACGCAUCAACUUGCUAUGAAUACGAUACAGCAGCUAAGGUGUGGAGGACACACCAACAAUAAUUAUGCGGCAUUAUAUGGAGAAUUUAGUGUUCUUUUUUUUAUUAGAAGUGAAUAUGAUGAAGCAUAUAAGUGGGGUAUAGAAGCAUUAAAACAAUUAAAACCAUCCUUGCCACCACGGGUCAUAAUUGAUGUUUUAAGACAAGUAGCAAAAUCAUGUGUAGUAAAACGAGAAUUUCAAAAAGCUGGUUUAUUAAUCAGACAAGCGGUUUAUCUUGCAAAAGAAAUUUUUGACACAGACCAUCCAAAAUAUAGCGAUGUUUUAAUAGAUUAUGGAUUUUACCUAUUAAAUUACGAUUGUAUUGUGAAUAGUGUGUCUGUUUAUAAGGCUGCAUUAGACAUUAGAAAGGCAAUAUUUGGAAAGGCUAAUCUCCAUGUUGCAUUAGCACAUGAAGAUUUGGCAUAUGCUUUGUAUGUUCGAGAAUAUAAUUCAGGGAAAUUUCAAGAAGCAAGUGACCAUGCUGGCAAAGCUAUAGAUAUAAUGGAAAAACUUUUUGCUGGAGUCCACAUUAUGUUAGCAAGUGCAAAAAGAGUAAAAGCAUUAAUACUUGAAGAAAUAGCUUUAGAUAAUGCUCCAAUGCCUUUAUCGGAGCAGACUUUAUUACAAAAAUCUGAAUGCUUGCAUUUAUCUGCCUUACAACUUUCAAAAACAACAUUUGGUGAAAUAAAUGUUCAAACAGCAAAACAUUAUGGCAAUUUGGGUCGUUUAUAUCAAAGUAUGAGAAAAUUUGAGGAAGCAGAAGCAAUGCAUUUAAAAUCUAUAAGUAUAAAGGAAAAAUUAUUAGGACCUGAAGAUUAUGAGGUUGGCUUAAGCGUGGGUCAUUUGGCCUCGUUGUAUAAUUUCCAUAUGAACCGGUACAGGGAUGCAGAAAAGCUUUAUUAUCGCAGCAUUGCAAUUAGUUUAAAAUUAUUUGGAAAAAGUUAUAGUGGCUUGGAAUACGAUUAUCGUGGACUUCUACAUGUUUAUACAAAAUUAGACGAACGUGAUAAAGUGUUGGAGUAUACAGAUAUUUUUAAUCAUUGGAAAGAACUUAGAGAUAAGUACGCACAAUCAGAAGAUCAACCUAUUGAUCUUCAAAAACGACCACAGCCAAUUGAGGAAGUAAUUAGUGCGUUUUUUUCUAUGUGAUACUAUAUUAAGAAAAUCAUCUAAUGUUGGUAAUUUUCAUUAGUUUAAUUAUCACAUGUUAAUUUGAUUGGUAAGGACCUACAUAUUAUGAUGUAGAUUCAAAAAAAUUUUCAAAACUAGCAAUUCGUAAGUCAAUCUCCAUUAAUUGUAUCUCCAUGUAUAGAUCUUCUAUUACUACAAUUGCACGAAGAUUUGUUUUAUUUUUUUAAUAUAGAUAUAUAACAGAGCGAUAAACUAGCAUUUUUGUGAAUUAAUGAAUGAAUUAUAUAUGUACUGCAUCAUACUGAAAUAUCCUUAAUUGUUCGACUAUCCGUUUUUGCACUUUUGCACAUCCUACGGUUAACGUAAUAAUUAGCCCUUAAAUUUAUAGGAGUUCCUGUUAUUGAUUUUAAACAAAUAUAUCUGAUUAUAAGUGUAAACAUUUUUUUUUUUAUUACAAUUUGUUAUUGACUUAAAUAAUUGGUGUAUAAGAUUUAAAUUCAUUGUAGAAUAAAUUUGUUUAUAAUGUUUAUAAUGAAACAAAAAUCUGUUUAUAAUGUUCAUUAAUGCAAGAAUAUAUAAUAUUCUUAUAUAGAAUGUUAGAAUGUAAAAACUUUUAAUCGUUAUUAAUAAUAGAAAAUAACAACAUGCGCAAAUAACAGAUCUCUGUUAUGUACAGUUGAGUUUAGUAUAAUUUGUACAUAUGUGAUUGUAACGUGUAUUACAAGGUGUGUAAACGCCUUUUUUUAUGUACUUGCUUUUACUUACUCUGCAAAAAAUUUAAGUAUUUACUUUAGAGAAAUUAUUUUCUGAAAAAAUUUAUAUUUAAUAUUAUCUGCACUUAUAGUGAAUCAAAAAAUUAUAAUAGCCAUAUAGUAAUUGUCACAACAUUACAUGCGAGAUUUUCUUAAACUUAAAUAGCAUAUUUGCAAGUUAACUUUUCUCUUGCGUAUUUUCUUUUUAGAAUGUAAAAUGUGAAUUUUAUAUAUAUAUAUAUAUAUAUAUAUAUAUAUAUAUAUAUAUAUAUAUAUAUAUAUAGGACUUUAUGAAAACUUAUGUAAUUAUAAGUGUCUUUGUUUAGCUUAUAAAUACAAAACUUGACGACACCAAAAUUUGAUAACAAUCAUAUGACUGCAAAGAGAAAACACAUAUAUAUGUAUAAAUAAUAAUUUACAAUUUUAUCAUAUUAUAUAUAAGAAACAAAAAAUAUAAAACAAAAAAGAGUGCAGCGCUUAAGCUUUAUACUAGGGGUUAAGUGAAAAUAGGGCAACUGUUCAUAUGUUAAACAGAGUACUUGAGUCAGAUUAUAUUUUUACCAAUAAUUUUUUACGAAA